UGGCGGGUGAAGCGGAGGUGAGAAGUCGGCUUCAAAGGGUGAGGUUUGCGGGAGCUCGCGCCGCCGCUUGAAGAGCCAAUCGGCGUCUCUCCUGCGGCUGCUGACCCAAUUCUGCCGCUUGCGAAUUUGUUCCGCUUUUGGCUCAUGUUUUUUUGUCGCGAUCUUUCAUCGCUAUAUCUACAUAUUAUUGCACGAUACAUUAAGAAAAAGAGUUUCCGAGUCUGUCUAGUUUCGGCAAAUCUUCCGUCACAACCUCGUCAUGGCCGGCUCACCUGCGACUGGCUCCAAGCCAGAGAAGACAAUGUCUUCACGUCUUCUCACGAUGAAAUUUAUGCAACGAUCCGCCGCUACAGCUGCCGCUAAAGAAUCGUCUCAGCCGCCUUCCACCGAAGGUUCAAACACUCCUACCCCCAAACGCCAAAGAUUCGCACCCGGUGAACAAUCUUAUAGCCCGGCAGCUACACCUUCGAAGGAUCUUGAGGCUAUCUCGGCCGCUCUUGCGGCGGAAGAAGAGAAACGUCGGGAAGCUAUUGCGCGUCAGGCUGCGGAAUCAGGUGAAACAGAAUGGGUGAUUGAUUUUGCUGAAGACCCUGUGCACCAAUAUGCCCCGCCGCCCUUCAUUGUUGCCAAUGGUUCUCUCGACGCUGAUGAUGACGAUGACUUGGCAUAUGGAGGGAGACAGACGUAUGGUAACUUCAAACGGAAGAAGAAGACUGAGACGCGCAACACGGGCGGUGAUGAGUCUGGUUCUGAGGAGGACGAGGAUGAAGACGAAGAUGAUGUCGAGUCUAUGAUCAACAAAGCCAAAGCAAAGGCGUCGAAACAACCUCCGAAGGUCAAGCUCUCGAAAUUAACGAGCAUCUCUGGUGGACGUCAAGGCUCUGUUGGAGGCAACAAGUCUCAGAAGAAGCGCAAACACAAAUAAAGUAGUUCGGUCUAAGAAUUAUUCGCCAUCCUGCAGGACAACACGGUGAUAUUGCCCACGGGCUUCUCGCCAGCCUCAUCUGCCCCAUAUCGCCACAGCGUGCGGCGUCUUCAUCAACAGGGGUACCACCGAUUUCUUCGGAGCAGAUUGCGACGAGAGAUUUCCAGCACAUAUAUUCUGCGCUUUCCUCUGUUUCUCUUUGGUGCGCUUUGCUUCCCAGCAACGUCGGAGCCGAACUAUCUGCGCGGAACCCGAUGCUGCUUACCACCACUGGUGCUGCGCCGCUUUAUAUAAGGACUCCCUUCCGCUUAUGGGCGUCGUUUCUUACAAAGCCGACAUCGAAAGUAUGGUUUUUGAUGGUGAGCUCCUCGACAUCGAGCAAGAAAGACUCACUUAGGCGUCUGUCGUGGCUCUGCUGGCUGUCGUCAUGAGAGACCAGAAUGUGCGGCCUCGUGAUCUAUUUCUAUCAGCCAUGUCUAAAAACUGAGAUGACGGCAUAGUUAGAUUCCUUCAAUAGUCCCGGAAAUCAAGAUUUGAAUUCAACAUGAAUUCACGAAGCUGAGCCGACAAGAUCACUCACGUUCAAGACCCAGCCACAUGAAUAUUU